AUGUCGGUUUCCAUCCAAGAGCUGGACAACACUGUCCGGGCCUUCUACGAGGGUAAAGGAGACCUGCAAAAACAAGCCCAGCAGACUUUAACGGAGUUCAAGCAAAACCCGGACGCUUGGUUAAUUGUAGGGAAUAUCCUUCAAGAGUCGUCGUAUCCGCAAACCAAAUAUCUCGCUCUCCAAGUUCUUGACGAUGUCAUCAUGACUCGCUGGAAAGUCUUGCCAAGAGAACAAUGCCUAGGUAUCCGGAACUUCAUUGUCAACUUCAUCAUCGAGAAUUCCAACUCGGAAGAGAAGCUUAGAAGUGAGCGAGCUUUCCUGAACAAACUCAACCUGGUGCUUGUUUCGAUUUUGAAACAAGAAUGGCCGCACAAUUGGCCAACCUUCAUCAACGAAAUCAUUUCGUCGUGCCAUACGAGCUUGUCCAUUUGCGAAAACAACAUGUCCAUUCUUCGAUUAUUGUCGGAGGAGGUCUUCGAUUUUUCCCAGGACCAAAUGACUUCGGUCAAGGCACGGAACCUGAAGACUUCCAUGACGCAAGAGUUUUCUUCAAUCUUUCAACUGUGCUCGGAAGUUCUCACCACGGCGAACCAACCCAGCUUAGUCAAAGCUACACUAGAAACCCUCCUGCGAUUUUUGAAUUGGAUCCCACUCGGAUACAUCUUUGAGACGACCAUCAUCAACACGCUCAUUAACCGUUUCCUGGAUAUCCCCGACUUUCGCAAUGUGACGCUCAAGUGUCUCACUGAGAUUGGAGGGCUGCAGAUAGGCAACCCGUACAAUUACGAUGAGAGGCUGAUCCACAUGUUCACGGAAACACUGACGAUCGUCUCAAAGACCAUCCCUUUGUCAAUGGACCUGAAGCAGACGUUCGCCAAGAGCAAUUCGAGGGACCAGGAAUUCGUACUAAACCUGGCACUAUUUCUAUGCAGCUUCUUCAGUGCCCAUCUCACUCUCAUCGAAAAACUUCCUAACCGAGACUAUCUUACUCACGCGCAUUUCUAUCUCAUUCGCAUCAGCCAGAUCGAUGAUCGUGAGGUUUUCAAGAUCUGUCUGGAAUACUGGACGCGUCUUGUCCAAGAAUUGUACGAAGAAAUGCAACAGCUCCCAAUCACUGAUAUCAACCCGCUGGUGAGCAUGGGUGUUAGUGGUCUAUCGAAUGGAGGGGCGCCGCAUCCCAGUACAUUGGCCAAUUACCCUCUGCGCAAGCACAAAUAUGAGGAGGUCUUGUCAAGCCUGCGUACUGUCAUGAUAGAAAAAAUGGUCCGUCCCGAAGAAGUUCUGAUCGUCGAAAAUGACGAAGGGGAGAUCGUGCGGGAGUUCGUGAAAGAAAGCGACACGAUCCAGCUUUACAAAACAAUACGGGAGUGCUUGGUUUACCUCACGCAUCUCGACGUCGUUGACACCGAGAAUAUCAUGAUUGAUAAGUUGGCCAAACAAGUCGAUGGGUCCGAGUGGUCGUGGGCCAAUUGUAAUACGCUCUGCUGGGCAAUUGGGUCAAUCUCUGGAGCCAUGAACGAAGAAACCGAGAAGCGCUUCCUUGUCACUGUUAUCAAAGAUCUUCUUGGUCUUACAGAGAUGAAGCGUGGCAAAGACAACAAAGCUGUCGUGGCUAGUAAUAUCAUGUAUAUCGUGGGGCAAUACCCCCGAUUUCUCAAGGCCCAUUGGAAGUUUCUGAAGACAGUGGUCAAUAAGCUCUUUGAAUUCAUGCACGAGACGCAUGAAGGUGUUCAGGACAUGGCUUGCGAUACCUUCAUAAAAAUUGCGAAUAAGUGCAGACGUCACUUCGUUGCUCUGCAACCGGGAGAAAACGAGCCUUUCAUCGAAGAAAUAGUUCGCAAUAUGAGAAAAAUCACUUGCGACCUUUCACCACAGCAGGUCCAUACUUUCUACGAGGCAUGCGGCUACAUGAUUUCUGCACAGGGACAGAAAGGCCUCCAGGAUCGACUGAUUGAGAACCUGAUGUCAUUGCCCAAUGCCGCUUGGGACGAGAUUAUCUCUCGGGCCAAUCAAAACUCGUCCAUUCUCCAGGACGGCGAAACAAUCAAGAUCGUUGGAAACAUUAUGAAAACAAAUGUUGCUGCAUGUUCGUCGAUUGGCACUUACUUCUACUCCCAACUCGGACGUAUCUAUCAUGACAUGCUCAGCAUGUUCCGAGCGUCCAGCGAGCUCAUAAGUAGUGCUGUUUUGCAAGACGGAGAAAUUGCCACCAAGACCCCCAAAGUCAGAGGGCUGAGAACAAUCAAAAAAGAAAUCCUCAAGCUGAUUGACACCUAUGUACAAAAAGCUGAUGAUUUGGAGAUGGUCAAUGCCAAUGUUGUUCCGCCCCUUCUUGAGGCCGUUUUGCUGGACUACAGCCGUAAUGUUCCGGAUGCACGAGAAGCUGAAGUUUUGAAUGUGAUGACAACGAUCAUCCAUAAACUACACAACCUGAUGGAAGACAAAGUGCCAUUAAUCAUGGAGAGUGUCUUUGAGUGCACACUCGAGAUGAUCAAUAAGGACUUCCACGAGUAUCCCGAGCACCGCGUGCAGUUUUUCAAAUUGCUUCAAGCUAUUAAUCUAUAUUGCUUCCCAGCCCUACUCAAGCUCGAUGCCACGCAAUUCAAAUUUGUGAUCGACUCCUGCAUGUGGGCCAGCAAACAUGACAAUCGCGAAGUGGAGAACACUGGUCUUACGAUGUGCCUUGAGCUUAUGAACAACAUGGCCGAGACGGAUGCUCAGACGUCAACUUUCUUCUUCCGUCAGUUCUAUAUUGCGAUACUGCAGGAUGUAUUCUUUGUUCUUACCGAUAGUGAUCAUAAAGCCGGGUUCAAAUCGCAAGCAAUGCUCCUGUCACGCAUGUUCUACUUCAUCGAAUCCGGAAAGGUGCAGGAACCAAUUUAUGCCCCAGAGCAAGCACCGCUUGGAACAUCGAACAAGGAUUUCUUGCAGGAAUAUGUCGCAAAUCUCCUGCAAAAUGCUUUCAAGAACCUCCAGGAGUAUGUGUUUCACGCUGGCUGUCAUAGGUUGUUCAAUACAUCGGCUAACUCAGAGCACAGGGUUCAAAUCAAGCAAUUCGUCAUCGGGCUGUUUACGUUCAACGACGAUUUCAACAAGUUCAAAACUCACUUGCGGGAUUUCUUAAUCUCCCUCAAAGAGUUCGCAGGCGACAAUGCCGAGCUAUAUGCAGAGGAGCGAGAGCAGGCUUUGCGAGACGCCAAAGCGGCUGAGCGCGAUCGGGCAAUGAGAGUUGGAGGCCUUCUAAAACCAUCUGAGAUGGACCAAGAAGACGAGCUAUGA